AUGUCCGGUAUGAUGCUGUCGGAAGAUUGGCAAGGAGAUAUCUCUUCUAUUCUACCCACCCUGCAACCACCACCGACUUGCUUCGUGCCGCUUGAAUUGAUCGAACGUGUUGACAAUUCACAGGCUCGAGAGCUCAUCACCCGGCCCAAGACUAAUCACCCGGGACAGCUCGCGACGUCGCGCGAAUCUCAAUUCCCAGCCCUUUCACGGGUACACAAAGCGUUGCAAACUGGUGCUCGGCAGAGCAAGCGUCAAAAGCGAACAAAACUCAUCCGUCGGGCAAGACAGAGGGCGCUUCGCGAUAUCGAGAGCCUGCUGAGCCCAUAUGUUCAGCCGUCGUUUCUCAAAGACCAGCCUUGGAUCGAUGUUGCGCUGCAUCAGUGGCUCAACGUGAAGCGGCCACGGAGCUGGAGGGACUUUGACCUGGAGCAUCGGCUGGGAAUCAGCGUUGACAAGAUUAGCAAUUGGAUCCGCUACAUCGCCAUGAACGACCCAGCCAUCUUCUGCGUCGAAGCCUGCGCCUCAGCUUUCUUCUCCCUACCGAUGGACUCCGACUCAAUGCAGAAGCACCUCUGGUUGGAGAAUCAUUGCUGCACACAGAUCAACCUCUCUCUGAACGACCCGAGUAGGAGGCUCAGUAGCCUGACGAUCUUCGCCAUCAUACUCUGUGCAAGUUACUAUGCCUUCUGCGGCGAUUUUCGCGUCGCCCGCGAUGUUCACGUCCCAGGCUUACGUCGGAUGCUGGCAUUGAAGGGCGAAAAGAAGUUCGUGGAGGAACUACCGGCAUGCAUCGUGGCCUUGAGUGUAUGGUAUGCUCGAGAAGUGACGAAGUUGUGCGGUGUGUCUGAACCAAUCUUCUCAUGGUCUGGACCGGAUGGUGGAGAUCUCAUGCCUAUGAUCAGAGCGGCGGUCUCGGAAGAUCUGAAGGGGAGCCUGUUGGAGGGAAGACGAGAUAGUCUUCUUGAUGACUGA